GAUAGACGCCUAUUAAAACGCUUUGUUACCGCCAUAAUUGUGGCAUUGUGAAAAUUAAUAUAUUGCUGCUCACAUCAUUAUUUAUGCAAUUAUUCAAUGAAAAGUACAAUUUAAUAAUUAUUUAUUGAUUUCUUUAUUUAUUCUGUCGUGAAUUCCGUACUUUUACGUUCGAUAUUUAUCGUUUUUUUAUCUAAUGCACCCGAAUAUUCAUAGGUUAUACACGAAAUUUUAACGGAAAAUUUCGUGAAAUCUGAUCAAUACGCGUUUGGAGUUGAAGAUCGAAUGGAUCCGCCAUGUUAAUGCACUAAGCAAGCACAGAAGAGCUAAUCUCAAGUAUUUUCUAUAAAAUAAACAUUAAGUCACGAUGUAUCUAUAUAAUUUAACCCUCCAGCGUGCCACCGGAAUUACUCAUGCAGUCCAUGGUAAUUUUUCCGGCACGAAACUCCAGGAGAUUCUUGUCUCAAGGGGUAAAUCAUUGGAACUUUUACGACCCGAUCCAAAUACCGGCAAAGUACAUACUCUGUUAGCUGUGGAAGUUUUUGGAAUUGUGAGGUCCCUCAUGGCCUUUCGACUAACUGGAGGAACAAAGGAUUACAUUGUAGUUGGCUCUGACUCUGGGAGAAUAGUUAUUCUUGAAUAUAUUCCUGCAAAAAAUAUUUUUGAAAAAGUACAUCAGGAAACUUUCGGAAAAAGUGGAUGUAGAAGAAUUGUUCCAGGUCAAUAUCUAGCUAUAGACCCUAAAGGACGAGCUGUUAUGAUAGGUGCGAUUGAAAAACAGAAGCUUGUUUAUAUUCUUAACCGAGAUCCUGAAGCUCGCCUUACGAUUUCAUCGCCAUUAGAAGCUCAUAAAAGUAACACUCUAGUAUACCAUACAGUUGGUGUGGAUGUUGGAUUUGAAAAUCCCAUGUUUGCUUGCCUUGAAAUUGAUUAUGAAGAAGCCGAUAAUGACCCCACUGGUGAAGCUGCUAUUAAAACUCAACAAACCUUAACUCUCUAUGAACUAGAUCUUGGUUUAAAUCACGUCGUUAGAAAAUACAGCGAACCCUUAGAAGAACAUGCAAAUUUUCUCGUCUCUGUUCCCGGCGGAAAUGAUGGCCCCAGUGGUGUCCUAAUUUGUUCUGAAAAUUACUUGACGUACAAAAACCUUGGGGAUCAACAUGACAUUCGUUGUCCAAUUCCACGACGAAGAAACGACUUGGAUGAUCCUGAAAGAGGAAUGAUAUUUGUCUGUUCAGCCACACAUAAAACAAAGAGCAUGUUUUUCUUCUUAGCACAAACAGAGCAAGGAGAUAUAUUUAAGAUUACUCUGGAAACUGAUGAAGAUAUGGUUACAGAAAUAAAGUUAAAAUACUUUGAUACUGUCCCCGUAGCUACAAGUAUGUGUGUACUAAAGACUGGUUUUCUAUUUGUCGCUUCGGAGUUUGGUAAUCAUUAUCUUUAUCAAAUCGCACAUCUCGGAGAUGAUGAUGAUGAACCUGAGUUUAGUUCAGCAAUGCCUCUUGAAGAAGGAGACACGUUCUUUUUUGCUCCAAGACCUCUUAGAAAUUUAGUCCUCGUCGAUGAGAUGGAUAGUUUAUCUCCUAUUAUGGCAUGUCAGGUUGCUGAUUUAGCCAAUGAAGACACUCCACAGCUUUAUAUUGCUUGCGGCAGAGGACCAAGAUCUACUUUACGAGUUUUACGACAUGGUCUUGAAGUAUCAGAAAUGGCUGUGAGUGAACUUCCGGGUAAUCCAAACGCUGUCUGGACCGUAAAAAGAAGAGUUGAUGAGAAAUAUGAUGCGUACAUCAUUGUGUCAUUCGUCAAUGCUACUCUUGUCCUUAGUAUUGGAGAAACUGUAGAAGAAGUAACAGAUUCAGGUUUUCUUGGCACUACGCCUACCCUAAGCUGCUCUGCACUCGGAGAGGAUGCUUUAGUUCAAGUGUAUCCGGAUGGGAUUCGUCAUAUCCGUGCCGACAAGCGUGUGAAUGAAUGGAAGGCUCCAGGGAAGAAGACUAUUGUUAAAUGUGCAGUAAAUCAGCGGCAAGUCGUCAUAGCACUCACCGGUGGUGAAUUAGUCUACUUUGAAAUGGAUCCGACAGGACAAUUAAAUGAAUACACGGAAAGGAAGAAAAUGCCGUCGGAAGUAAUGUGUAUGGCAUUAGGAAACGUCGCAACGGGAGAACAACGAUCUUGGUUUCUUGCAGUUGGAUUACAAGACAACACAGUAAGAAUUAUUUCAUUGGAUCCUUCAGACUGUCUUUCAUCGAGAAGUAUGCAAGCACUACCAGCAGCUGCGGAAAGUUUGUGUAUUGUAGAAAUGGGAGCAUCUAAAGAUGUUGAUAAUCCAGACGAUAAUGUGAUUCAACAACAAGCUAGUUUGUACCUUAACAUUGGAUUACAAAAUGGAGUCUUGCUUCGGACGGUUCUUGACCCAAUAUCCGGAGAUCUGGCAGACACUCGUACUAGGUACUUGGGUUCAAGACCCGUAAAAUUAUUCAGAAUACGGAUGCAAGGUAAUCAAGCCGUGCUUGCGAUGAGCAGUAGAUCGUGGCUGAGUUACUAUUAUCAAAAUCGAUUCCACCUGACUCCCCUUUCCUAUGAAAGCUUGGAGUUUGCUUCCGGAUUCAGUUCAGAACAAUGUCCUGAAGGAAUAGUUGCCAUAUCUACAAAUACACUGAGAAUUUUGGCACUCGAGAAGUUAGGAGCUGUGUUCAAUCAAGUAAGUUUUCCGCUUGAGUACACUCCACGUAAAUUUGCUGUCCAUGGAGAUUCCGCUCAUCUCAUUAUCAUCGAAACCGAACAUAAUGCUUACACUGAAGAAACAAAACAACAAAGACGAUUACAAAUGGCCGAAGAAAUGCAAGAAGCAGCUGGUGCUGAAGAGGCGACAGUUGCUAGAGAACUUGCAGAAGCAUUUUUAUCUGAAGAGCCUAAUGAAGCAGUUUUCGGUUCACCUCGAGCUGGUCCAGGUUUGUGGGCGUCUCUCAUCAGAAUUAUGGCACCUACUACAGGUCAAACAUUUGAAGUACAUCGGCUUGAACAAAAUUAUGCAGCUUUAUGUCUAUCAUUAGUCAAAUUUGCGAAUCAAGGAGAUCAAUUAUUCCUUAUUAUUGGUGUGGCUAAAGAAUAUCAACUUAAUCCACGGCUUAGCAACGGCGGAUUUUUGUAUACAUACAAAGUAAAUAUUGAAUGUACGAGCAUUGAAUUAGUACACAAAACACCUCUAGAUGAAAUUCCACUGGCAAUAUGUCCUUAUCAAGGCCGAGUUUUAGUGGGAGUUGGGCGAAUGCUACGAUUGUAUGACAUGGGAAAGAAAAAACUAUUGAGGAAGUGUGAGAAUAAGCACAUUCCGAAUGCAAUUGUAUCGAUUAAUGCUGUAGGCCAACGGAUUUUUGUUAGCGACGUACAGGAAUCGGUUUAUGCAGUACGGUACAAACGCCAAGAGAAUCAAUUAAUUGUAUUUGCUGAUGACACGCAUCCAAGAUGGAUUACGACGACUUGUGUUUUGGAUUAUGAUACUGUUGCGACAGCUGAUAAAUUUGGAAACAUUGCGGUCGUACGACUUGCGAGUGGAAUUAAUGAUGACGUUGAUGAAGAUCCUACUGGGAAUAAAGCCUUGUGGGAUCGAGGGUUGCUGAAUGGUGCGAGCCAAAAGGCUGAUACUGUCGCCUGCUUUCAUGUUGGAGAAAUUGUUAUGUCACUUCAAAAAGCCACUCUUAUUCCUGGUGGAUCUGAAAGUUUAGUUUACACAACUUUGAGCGGCACUGUGGGAGUACUUGUUCCAUUUACCAGCCAUGAGGAUCACGACUUUUUCCAACAUUUGGAGAUGCAUAUGCGUUCAGAGCAUCCACCACUUUGUGGCCGUGAUCAUUUGUCUUUUAGAUCGUAUUACUAUCCCGUUAAGAAUGUUAUUGACGGUGAUUUGUGUGAGCAAUUCAAUUCAAUAGAACCGACCAAACAGAAAAGUAUAUCAGGUGACCUGGAGAGAACUCCAUCCGAAGUUUCCAAGAAGUUAGAAGACAUCCGAACACGUUAUGCAUUUUAAAUAAAGUUAAGUUUCAUUUCAUUUGAUAAACAAAAUUUU